AUGUCUAAGCUAAAUCCACAUACAAAACAUAGAGAAUUCAGUGGUGUUUAUGGUGCUUUAUCAAUUACAAUUUUCUUACCAACACUCAUAUAUUUUUUUGCAUUAAUCACAAAUCAACAUUAUUCAAUCCAGGGCAUAAAUAUUGAUAUAAAUAAAAUUAUAGCUCAAUUGCCUUCUAAUACUCAAGCUUUAAUUAAUUUAUUUUUUGACGCUAUAUGUUGGAAAUAUUAUUUAUCUUGGUUUUUCACCUUAGUUGUUUUUGAUCAGAUCAUACCGGGUACAAUCCUAAAUGGAGUAAAAUUAAGAGAUGGUACAAGUUUAGUAUAUAAAAUUAAUGGAUUAGCAAUGAGUGGAAUAUUGAUUAGUGUAUUAUUAUCACGUUUAUUUACAUCUGAGGAUUAUUACCUCCCAGAAUUGGAAUUCAUCUAUGAAAAUCAAACAAAAUUAACAGCUACAACAAUUUUAUUUUCAUUUUUAUUAGCUGUUUUUGUUUAUAUUACUAGUUUUAUCCCUUUAAGAUCCAAAAAUGGAACAGGAACUAAUGAAAGAAUUUUAUCCAUUAAUGGUAACACUGGUAAUAUUAUUUAUGAUUGGUUUAUUGGUAGAGAAUUAAAUCCAAGAAUUGGUGGUUGGGAUAUUAAACUAUUCUGUGAAUUGAGACCAGGUAUGUUAUUAUGGUUACUUAUAAAUCUUUCAGCUUUACAUCAUCAAUAUCAUAAUUUAGGUUAUAUUACUGAUUCUAUGAUUUUAGUCAAUUUUAUGCAAGCAUUUUAUAUAUUUGAUGGAGUUUUAAAUGAAGAAGGUUGUUUGACAAUGAUAGACAUUACAACUGAUGGAUUUGGUUAUAUGUUAAGCUUUGGUGAUUUAGCUUGGUUACCAUGGUCAUAUUCAUUACAAACUAGAUAUAUGAGUAUAAAAGGUAAUGAAGUAAAUUUAGGUAUAUUUAAAUCUAUUUCAAUUUUAGGAUUAAUGUUUCUCGGAUUUUAUAUAUUUAAAUCUGCAAAUCGUGAAAAAUCAUUAUUUAGAAAUGGUAAAAUUUCAAAUUUAAAAUAUAUUCAAAGUGAAAAGGGUAACAAAUUAUUAGUUGAAGGUUGGUGGGGAUUAUCACAACAUAUAAAUUAUUUUGGAGAUUGGUUAAUUGGAGUUUCUUGGUGUUUACCAACAGGGUUUCAAACACCAUUAACUUAUUUUUAUGUUAUUUAUUUUGCUAGUUUAUUAAUCCAUAGACAAGUUAGAGAUGAAAUGAAAUGUAAAGAAAAAUAUGGUAAAACUUGGGAUGAAUAUAAUAAAAUAGUUCCUUGGAAGAUUAUUCCAUAUAUUUAUUAA